GUGGAUUCAAUGAAACCUGACGUUGCAGUCGUACAGUUUGAGAAGUUGAAACAGCCUUUGUAGGUUAAUAUGACUCCAUCGGUUGGUCGGCUGACGGUGGUGAUUCUUGUUAUCUUCACCUGCUGCUGCCAGGCAAAGAGGAACCAGGUGUUGUACUGCUCUGCGUGUCAUGCAAUUGUGGAUGAAUUAAAUCACUCAAUCAGCCUGGUGGACCCCAAGAAAACCAUCAAUGUUGGUAGCUUUAGACUCAAGCCAGAUGGAUCCAUGAAAGACAGAAAGGUACCCCUGGCUCGCUCCGAGACUCACCUCAGUGAGCUCUUAGAUGGGGUUUGCGACCACAUGAGCGACUACGCCAUUCACACGGACCCCGACACCCAGCAAAAACAAUACCUUAGGUUUGCACCCAGGAGCAGUGGGCCCUCUGGGGACUUCCCUGACCUGAAGAAUUUCCAGUUUGAUGGACCUGAAGCUCCUAAUGCCUUGAAAUUUGCAUGUGAAAGCAUCGUAGAGGAUCUGGAGGAUGAUAUCAUUGCUCUUUUCAGUCAGCAGACAGAGGACGCACACGAGGAGUUAUGCAACAACAUUUCAGACUACUGUAAAGGCACCAGUCACACAAAUGAAGAGUUAUAGAUUGUUUUUACAUACAAAAAGUGGGAUCAACUUUUUUUUUAUUUUUAAAGUUUGUGACACACACGUAAUAAAAAUCAAGUCAACAAAUAAGUGGGAUUUAUGAUUUAUAAAGUAUUCAUAGCGCUUCAUUUUUUUCACCUUUUUUGACAGCUAUAUUGAAAAAUAAUCCUCAGAAUUCCCAAUAAUGACGGCAAAAUAGUUUUUUCUCGUGAAGUUUAAAAAGUUAAAAAUAACCAGUUUGCAUGUGCGUAAGUAUUCACAGCCUUUGCUCAAUAGUUGGUUAAUGAACCUUUGGCAGCGAGGACGGAGGAUUAAACAACAAAGAUAAAAAUGUAACAUUGUUCAGACGAAAGGUGGGCUGUGAUCCAUAUUUGGGAAAUUUAGAGAAACGGUCUCACAGUUUGUCCGCUGACCGCCAUCAGCAUAGUAACUAAUAAAGAUUAUGAUUCCUGUGAAUCUCAUCUCAUCCGCACAGUCAAAGCCGCUAUUACCAGUACCAAACGCAAAGGAGAUGGAGGAGAAACGAAUGCGGAAACAUUCUGUGAGGUUGCACUGUGGUCAUGUUAGCUGUCUGGAUCUAAAACUAACUGGUAUGGAAAUGCAAACGUCACAAUCUGGAGAGUAUCUGAAGAGAGGAGGGCACCAAAAUCCCCCUUGAGAUGUGCUUCGGGGAUGUUCAAUAAGAUUUGACUUCAUGAACUAGACGAGGGGUGUUCAAACUUUUUCUCAGCGAGGGCCACAUAGUGAACAAUGAAAGAAUGUAAAGGACCACUUUGAUAUUUUGUAAAGCAACAUGAGAAGCUAAGAAUUUAUAUAUAUUUCAAGAAAAAACUGCGUCUCAGCUUUGUGAUGUAGGUGACAAGGCAUAUUAAUAUGAACUUCACUCUUUGCUCCCCCAUUUUUGCUGUUUUUUAAAAUUCUCCAAAUAUUGCAACUUUCUUCUUGAAGAAUCGUCAUAAAUUUUCUUCUCGUAACAUUGUAGGAUUUUAUUCCCAUAAUAUUUUGACUUUAUUCCCUUUAUGACUUUUCCCCAACCUAAUUUGACAAAAAUUAGAAAAACAUUUUUUUUUGGUGUUGUUUUUCUCCUAUUACGACUUUACGAAAAAACAGCCAUGGGCCGCAAAUGGCCCCCGGGCCGCCGCACCAUGUACAAUACCUUCGCAUCUUGGAUUAGAACCUCCUGGCCUCAGCCAGAACAACGAAGAUGGGGAUGGGUCUUCCAGCAGGACAAUGAAGCAAACCUAAGGCCAAGUCAACAGAGGAGUGGCUCAAAAAGAAGUGCAUUAAGAUCCUGGAGUGGCCUAGCCAGCCUCCUGACCGUAACCCCAUUGAACUUCUAUGGAGAGAACUGAAACGUUGAGUUGCCAAUUGAUGGCCUCAAAACCUUCACAAUUUGGAGAGUAUCUGUAAAGAGUCAAGAAAUAAAAUGUUAUGUAUUAUUAGGUAAAUGAGGUAAAUGAUUGAAUUCUAACAUCAGUCCAUCAAUAUGAAGGUAAUGUAAGAUAGCAGGAUUGUAAGGCAAGCGCUUGGGACGUCGUUCACCACAGGGGGCGCCACAAAUUUUUUUAACAUUUGAUUUGAUUUCUUUUAUUAACCCAGUUAAUAAAAGGACUGCACAUGACAAUACCUAAAAAAAAAUCCCCAAAAAAUCAAUCUGAUUAUAGGAAAUUAAACAUAUAUUCAAGAAGAAGACAGGAUGAACGAAGCUAUUGGAGCUACAAACUAGUCAUGUUGCCAGGUGCAUCUCAAUCCCGCAACUCAAACAUCAAUAAAAUGCUGCAUAAAUUCGCUUGUUUGUAAAAUGUUUUGUGGUCGCUGAAAUGCUACUUGCUUUGAAUGAAAGCCUUGAUUUUUGAUUGAGAAAUAAACUAUCAGACCAAUUUAUUUGGUGUUGGUUGAUGUUUAUAUUUUGCUAACAGCCACUCAGCUGCUGGAGCAACACAACAUCUCAUUAGCAUAAGCAUAUAGUUAUUAACAUAAGUCAACGUAAACAACAAGCCCAGCACACACACACACACACACACACACACUUUCAUGUACAGUCAUGCUAGGACCCAAAGAUUCUCUUUGUGUCACUGCCUGUCUGGAAAUGUUAGCACGCUCGGCUUCCACUGGUGACAGAUCAAUGCUGACAAAAGUGCUGAGUGGAUAGAAGGUGACAGAAAAGCCUCACAGUCGUUGCCUACGUCAUUUCCUUCAAAGCAUUCGCUAAUGAGCCAGCAUUUAACUUUAACCAUGUCAUGUGUAUUAUGCAGGGUGUCCUCAAAGUCUGAACACAGAAUACUCUUGCACAAAAAAAGGUUUAUUUAAUAAUAAUAAUAAAUAAUUAAUCAGACGUUAAAACAAACAUUUAAUAAUAAAUUUAUUUAAUUUAUAUAAUACAAAUAUGUUU